AUGAUUUCAACAUCUGCUAUCGUCAACCGGCCCCUCACCACCAAGGAGAUUGCCGACCAAGCAAGCGCGUUCCAAUUCAAUCCAACCAUACCCAUGAAAGCCUGGCUGCGAACGGCACAUACCUUGAACAAGGAGGGCGAGAGCUAUUUGCACGAUGGCAACUUUGCCCAGGCUUACCUCCUCUUUAUGCGAUACAUGCUCUUAAUGAUAGAGCGCCUUCCCUCCCACCCCGAAGCGAAAACCUCAGAAGGGAAGAAGGCCCUCAAUUCGCUCCAGAAACAUUCGUCCGGCAUCCUAAACAGCCUCGAAAAUAUUAAGCCUAUCUUAGAGAAGGAGUACGAAGCGUGGGAAUCAUCUGAGCUCAGGAGGCAGGAUCUCCGCCAGAAGCAAGAGGCUGAUCGCGUUCGGUCGGAGGCGCCAUCGAGCUAUGACGAACGUGCGUCCAGAGAUCCGGCUCUCUCUGCGGCGACUCGCCUUCUCGAUGCCGGUGAGCAUCAGGAACUCGCCGUCGAGCUAGCCCAGAGGGAGAUUCGACGCAGGGAUGUAAACAGGAAGGCGACAAGGAGAGCGGGUGUGCCGGAGGAAGAGGAGCAAUAUCGACGUACUGCUGGCUUCUGGGAUAACUGGACCCGCGAGUUAGCUGACAAACAGGCCGAGGAUGAGGAGCUUUUCCGGAGGCAGAUGGAGUUAACCAGGAGGAGGUUGGACGGAGACGACGAUAGUCGUAGUGGCCCGAAACGAAGCGAACCACAAUCACCCCCCCCGCCGAGCGCGAUACCUUCCAAUUACCACUACCCUUCGAUAACCAAGUCCGAGCCGGUCCCAUACGAUUCGCACCGACAGCAGGUAUCCGUAAACAAGACACCGGCUCAUCAGCCUCCACGCCCACCCAAAGAAGGGAUUCAACCGAAGUAUGAUACCAUCCGCGCCCCCGUCCCUGCUCCUCGCGGGCCCGAACUUCCGGCGAUGGAGCCCAUAUUCGCUGAAAAUGACCUUCCGAGAACCGAGACACCGCAAAAGCUUCCGGCCCCGCCACCAAAGAUACGUGAAGAUCCUUCAAUACCGCCCAAAGUGCAGCACCGCCUCACGUUCAAGCCGGCGGCUUACCUCGAAAACGGCGAGCCGGUUCGCCCUAUCUUCUUGCCGAGUCAGUUGCGACACCGCUUCCUAUCCGUCGCGUCGGAGAACACGAAGCGUGGUCUGGAGAUGUGCGGCAUCCUGUGCGGUACUGCCGUUAACAACGCAUUGUUCGUCCGGUGCCUGCUGAUCCCGGAGCAAAAGUGCACUACGGACACGUGCGAGACGGAAAACGAGGGCGCGAUGCUGGAAUACUGUAUGAAUGAGGACCUUCUGAUGCUCGGCUGGAUCCACACACAUCCGACUCAAACCUGCUUCAUGAGCUCCCGGGAUCUGCAUACGCAGUCCGGAUACCAGGUGAUGCUGCCGGAGAGUAUAGCGGUCGUGUGUGCACCCAAAUUUGAGCCUUCUUAUGGCAUCUUCCGCUUGACCAAGCCCCCAGGGUUAGAUCAUAUCCUCAAUUGCACGCAAACUGCAACCUUUCACGCACACUCGACGGACAACCUUUACACGGGUGCGCAGCGUCCGACGGGCCACGUCUACGAGAGCGACAAUCUCGAGUUCUAUGUUCAAGACCUCCGCCCUGGCUACAGGAACAGCGCCGCACAAUACAAGAAUACCUAG